GCUCUCAGGUUUCUCUCUGCUCCCGUAAACGAGUUCUCCUCAUUGGUCUGUUCACUGCGUUCCGACAUUCGACUUUGACAAACGAUAUAUUGUAGAACAGGCCGUAGUAAACAUCUUAAGAAUGUUGGCUAUUGACAAUUGAACAUUAUUGAGGAUCGUUUGGUGCAUGAAGGAAAGUGUGUGUUGUGUUGCUGGAAUGCAAUUUGACGAUGGAUCAAGGCAUAUGAUCAUAAUUAUGUAAUAUAACAAUUGCAACGCACCAUAUAUUUAUGACAACUUGUAACAAAAGGAUGGAGCUUAGGCAUUUUAAAAUUAUUACAAUUUUGAACUCUCCUGUCACAUAAGCUUCUUUUCAACAAUUUGGUUAUAAUGUGUACCUUUUUGUACAAUAGUAUAAUCAAAAUUGAUUUUACAUAAAGAAAAAGUGCUAGAAUGAAAUAAAGUACAUAAUGGCGGAAUCUGAGAAUGCAGGCACACUGGAGUGGACGCGUCCCGAUCAGGUGAUGCGACUACAUCGUAUGAAAUUAAAAAAACGUGCUUUGCAAGCGCGCAUGAACAAAACGCACAGCAACACGACCGAUACUCACGACUCUACGGAGAAUUCAGAUAAAUUUAACUUCAGCGUACCACAGCGCUUAUCCCAAAAGCGCAAAAACCCAUUCGCGAUUAAUGAAACGUGCAAGAAGCAGAAGGACGAAGUGACGGCUGCAUUGGAGAUCAGCAAUGACAAUACAUUGUUUGAGUUGUUUCAACUCAAUGUCCAACAAGAAAAGCAAACAGCAGAAUCGUCCGUGGACGGAACUCUGACAUUUGCCAAUGUUCUUUCGAAGUUAGAAUCCACCACACACACGGCUGACGUGAAUGCGCCAAAAGGCGAGAAGUAUAUUCCUAUCGAUUGGACAUUGAAGACUAAAAUGAGGUUUAUGUCUCCAAAACCUUUUCCAUGGAACGGCAAGCUGAAAACGAGCGAGGAAGCGUCGGGAACCACAGGUUUUGUCAGGUGUCUGAAUAUCGGAGAACAGGAGACAACGUUGGACACCAGUCUGAACGCGAGGUUCCACCAGUGUUGCUUGAUAUGGCAGCAUCCGUCGUUACCGUGGCUGGAACUGUUCCCUCGUUCUGCCGGCAAAGUGAGCGCUAGUCUUGCGAGUAGCACAUCGAUAGCGAACAACCAAUGUAUGAAGGAUGCGCUACACAGAGAGUGGUGCGACAGUUUCAGAUCCUUGUUUCACUUGCUACGUGCGAGACAGUGUCCCUACUUCUAUGUGUGUGCGAACACGUUCACGGCGCUUUUCCGCGCCGCCGGCAUCUGCGGACUGUCAGAGAUUCACGCACUCCUCACACCCACAACACGCGGGUUCCGUCAGGCGUUGAAACAAGAAGAAAUUGAAUAUUAUAUGCCUCUAAGAAAAGAUUACAAGAGACGAUCCGGAACGACUGAUUGCGAUAGUAGAACCGCGGAUCUGAGUCUGUUGAAUGAAGGAACGGCGGAUCAUCAAGAGGAGGUUGACGAUUACGAAGAGCUGGACGAGGCUCAAGACGCGUGGCUCAAAAGUCUGGGUGUGGAGAACUCGGAGAUCCGGAAGAUCAAUCAUUCUCAGGCGAGGAUGACACUGGAGAAGGAGAGUGAGGGAGACAAUAUGAGACAGUCUCUGGUAUUCGUCAAAGGCGUGGAAGCGCAGGCGUUAUUUAACUUUCUGAUCAACUGCAAGUCUGCUACCGCGACGACUGGCGUGCUAGCCGGUGUCCCUCCUACGCUUCUGGCACCGACGGCCUUUCACGGCGCUUCAUUAAAACCGCUCAAGGUCAGAGAAAGCAUUGUGCGUGUUGAGAAUGAUCGAUAUCAUUCCCUCGAGCUGAGAGGGCCUCUCUUACCGCACGUGCUGCCUUCUCUCUGCCACCUGAUGGAAUCCAGUCAAUUAGAGCAAUAUUCAGCGAGCUGCGCACAGCUGGUGACGACUACUUCGUUUUCUGCUGCGAAGCACGGCGCCGACGAAGUAACUGUCGCGGAAGGGGAAGAUCACAAUGCCGCGAAGAUACCGCCUAAUAUCUUCGGACAAGAAAACCUGAGUGAUUGUGGGUUUAACAAAGAAUUGUUGAAGCAUUUCUGCAAUACCGACCCGAGCAGGAUAGAGGUUUUGGAAAGCUUCAAGUUUUUCAAUGGAUUGUACACAUGGUCAUGAUGAUGGUUUGAGAAUAUCAAAUUUGGGGAGGAACACGCGUUUGGGUAUAUGUUUGUAUGGUCUAGAUAUGUUUGAACUUUAAUGAAAGGUUAUAAAUAAGGAUGGAAUCAAGUACACUCUAAAAUCUGAUUUUUCAAUAGAAAUUUAAAAUUAGAUUUUUAAAUUUAAACUGUUGAAAAAUACAUUAAAUACACAUUCCCAGGACAAAGCUUAAACUUAAGUCUAAGUCUAAACUACUAUUGAAAAAUCGACUCUAAAUGGUGUCGAUAUUAUUUGCGACAUCUUUAUAUUUUAUACUUGAUUCCAUGUUUGGUUGUGUCGGUUUCUUCACAAACGUAUGAAAAUAGUCUACGAUGAUGUGUAAGCGCUAUUCGCAUCGUUACAUCGCUGGCGACUUGUAACUAAUAAGGAGAUUUAGUCACGCGGAGCUUUAAUGAAAACAAGACGUCCGACAUGCUACAGUUGUGCUGUUAUAUACGCGAGGACUGCGAUCAUGGGAUUUGCAUUCGCAUCUUUAUUGACUUGUAAUUUAAUGUGAGACAUAUAUACCCUCGAGCAGUAAUGAGGUCUGUUCUUUUUCAAAGAACUGAACGAGUGCAAUAAGUUGAAGUGAAAGAAUAGGUCUGUUCUUUUUAACUGAAUUACUUGAACCGGUGUACUAAGAGUGAGACAAAUAUAUCUUGUUUCACUCUAAUUUAUUGCAGUUCAGGCAGUUCAGUUAAAAGGAAAAGAAAGACCUAAGGUGUAUACUUGUGUCAUUCUGAUUUAUUACAUUAGUUCAGAAGUUUUUGCAAAAAGAACAAACCUAUAGACUUUCGUCGGUUUUCUCCUUAGACGGAAGACUUCGUCCGCAUGCGUCAAGAUUUUUGAUUGGCUAAGAGACAUCGUACACAAAAUGCAAAUUUAUCCCCCAAAGCGGUAAGCGCAUACUCUUUCAUAAAGGCAUAAUGCAGAACGUAUAAGAAAACUGACUAAUCAGAGUCUUUUAAAAGGUCAUAGAAAAGGACUCUGGUUCAUUUCCUUGCGUCGUGUAUUGUCUUUGUGCAAGAGUUAUGCUUCUCACUUGAGAUGUCGCUUAUGCAUGCACACAAGGCUACCACCUGAGGAGAAAAUCCACGAAAGCCCUUCACUGCCCUCGAAUAACAAGUACGCGAGCUACCGAGCGGGCAAAUAUUAUCGACUCUGGGUAACAGCGCUUUUAUCCAAGCGGAAUGUAAACGGCAACUGUUGACCCCGAUGAUAAUUCUCUAGAUUCACAACGAAAUCGAUGUCAUCUUGUAAAUAUCGCGACACCUUGAUCUCUGUCACUUUACAUAUCAUUAUGUCUGUGAGGAAAAUAAAUUAUUAUUUUUACUGCGUUUA